UUUGUCAUUGCUGUACUUGUAGCUGCUUGCAGUCCGCUUCAAUAACAACACCCGCCGUUCUACCAGCGUGGCUUACCUCUAAGGUCAGCCAAUUUCCCUGUGUUUCUCUCUGGAUUGUGCCGACAUUUCUUCUGGCAACGUAAAGAAUAAGAAACACCAUGGAGGAAGAGGAGCACUUUGUGAACAUAGACUUGAACGAUGACAACAUCUGCAGCAUCUGUAAACUAGAGACGGACACAGGAACGCUUUCCUUCUGCCAUGUGUGCUUUGAACUCAGCAUAGAGGGUGUAUGCAGCGCCACCCUGCUGCACUCCAAAUCUCUACGUGGACAUAGAGACUGCUUUGAAAAGUACCAUCUCAUCGCCAACCAGAAGCUCUCCAGCGCCAAGGCCUCCCACAGCGCGUACGAGGGCGUGAAGCGGGCUCUGAGCCAGCGAAUCAACCGCAUUAUACAGUACGCCCAGAACAGAGACUCCGUAACUGCUGAGACACCCGGGCGCUGGGGGGCCAAACAGAUUCUGUGUCACACUCAGCUGGGCGGCAGGAAACUCGUGCCCCAGUCCGAUGCCCAGGUUCCCCGUUACGCCCCACGAUGGGCGGAAGAGGCGACGAUGGCGGAGUCAGAGUAUGGGAAAACCAUGCUGGACUGUCACUCUGCCGAGGAGCUCGGUCUCGGCCUGCUGCAGGGAUCACGCCAGGGACUGUGGGCUGGAGAGAGACACCACCUACGAGAACAGCAGAGAGACACAGCCAGACAGAGGAGACACAGUCGAGAAGAGCUGGUGAGGAUGAGUGUGGAGGAGCUUCGCCAGCUGAACGAGCAGCUACUGCUACAGAUACAAAAAGUGUUUGAGGAGCUGUCCGUAGCUGUGCAGGAGAAGGACUCUCUUUCUUCAGAGCUUCAUGUACGGCACAUAGCCAUCGAGCAGCUCUUUAAAAACUGCGCCAAGCUGCCGUGGCUCCAGAUCGGGCGAGCAGGGGUCAAAGCUGGCAACAACCCAGUGGAAUGAGUGCUUUUUAGGGAAAGACCAGAAAGAAAGCUCGGCUUCAAGCAGACUCUCAUGGAAGCUCAAGCGGACCGGAAACGCACAACGCUGUGCUAACGAGGUUAAAGUCGCCUCGCUCUAAAAGGUGGCGUCUGAAUUUUCAGCAAAAACUGGACUUUGAAAGCGAAAGUGUCCAAAAGUGUUUCUAUGCAGAAUGAGGUGGUUUUAAAACCUUACUCGUUUAAAUUUUUUCGUGGUUCCAUUCAUAUACGUUCGUGGUUCCAUUCAUAUACGUCUUCAUAUCACUGUUUACACUCUACACUUGAUCAUGUUGGGUGGUUGAUAGCCUUGGAUGAGUCUGACAGUGUUCCUCCUGCACGUUCAGGCUUGCUGAUUGGUUGUGGUGUUGCUGUGGUAACUGUUGCUUAGUUAACAGUUUUCCCCUCCCUCUGCUCAUUGCAGUGGAACUUGUUAAUGACGGUAGUUGUUCCAUUACUCUAAGCAGGCAUAUUUCUCCUGUUGUGCUGAAGUUCAGCAUAAGCGCUUUAGUGGAAGUUUACAUUUCUUUUGUUAUUGCACUCUUAAAACUGUUCUGACAUUUCAUAGGUGCUUUUUCCCCCAUCACAACAUUUCACGGGUUAUGAUUAAGAAUGGACGUGAACGUUUCAGCUGGUAUAGAUUGGUCUUUCACAAAUGUUAAGCACAGGCCUAACUUUGAUUUAGGCUUAACUCGGUGCUGGGAUUAAUAUUGGAGAGAUGGGAAUGCUCAACCAAAGCCUUUUGUUACCUCGUGGUAACUAUUCAGUAUUUAUUUUGUUAGGACAAUUAUUUGCUUGUUACAAAUAUUUCAAAGUAAAUUAGUUUUUGUAAUGUGUGGUUUUCUUUUCUGUAGUGUGUAGAGGUUGUUUUCUUGUGCUGUUAUAGUAUGGUUUCUUGUAUUUAGGGUCCGUGCAUAAAUUGAAAAGUGCAAAGUGAGCCUUUACCCAGCUGCCUUGAUUUCAGAACAGACUGUGUUGCCAUCUGGUGGACAUUCAGAGAAUCCUGUCCACCUGCUGCCCUGAUGUGUGCAUGGUUAAGUGUCUAUUAUUAUGGUUCUACGAAGUCUAUUACAGUAUCUCUAGAAUCUUUAAAAAAAAAAUGUUUUAAGAAAUCAGCUAAGAAUUCUCAAUUCUGUUCUCUUUGUAAGAGAGACAUAUUCGACUGACCCCUCUGGGGUUUCUAAGAGUAUUUUAUUUUGUAUGAGUGUAUUUUGUCAUUCUGGUUAUGCUCCGAGGUCAAGUCAGCAAACUAGAAAUAAUGGUUAAAUUCUGGAAAAGAAGCAAUAUGUGUCUGACGUUCUUGUAAAACGUUUAAAUUUUUCGUUUAUGGUUCAUUCUGUGAUUUGACAUACAGGAGGUUGGAGUUACUGAAAUAAUGAAGCACACUGCUGUGGAAAUACUGAAUGAACUACAUGAGUUGAAUGAGUUUCAUGUUUGUCUCGACUGUGUUGCAGAUGUAGGCCAUGUGUUAAAAUGUUAACUUGAUUAUACUGGUGUCAUUGAUGUCUUAUUCUUUUUCUCUUAUGUUUAUUCGUUGCUUGUCUUAUUAUUUUCCUUUUUACAUUUAAAAAAAAAAUUUUUUUUAUUGUGUUGUGACAUUCAAGUGGUUUAUGCAAUACUGUUUGUUAGUGGAUCUUCCCAUCAGUUUAGAAGAUUUCUGGAUGCUUUUGUUUGGAGUGAUGUGUACAU